GCCACACAGAACGACCUGAGGAGCACUUGCGUAAUUGUGCCUUGUGGAGGACAGAUGGAUCUGACAGCUGGACGCAAGACAGAGUGACUUUCCCUCAUCACAGGAGCGCAAAUCUCCUCCGGUGGAAGAUACGAUGGAUGUCUAUGCUUCAACUCUGUCGCCAGCGCUGGAUAUCUUUUUUGGUUUUUACAUGCUGGUUGUGGCUGUGUUCUCCAUCAUGGGAAACGUCCUAGUGCUCGUCAUGGCAUUCAAAAGGUCGUCUAGAAUGAAACCACCUGAGCUGCUGAGUGUGAAUCUGGCAGUGACAGACCUGGGAGCAGCUAUUAGCAUGUACCCGCUGACAGUGGCAUCUGCCUGGAACCACCACUGGCUCGGUGGAGAGGCUACUUGUAUUUAUUAUGGCCUGGCAGGAUUCUUCUUUGGCAUCGCCAGCAUCAUGAACCUGACUGUCUUGGCCAUCGUGCGCUUUGCUGUUUCCCUCAAUCUGAGGUCUCUCAAGGAAAACGUGAGCUGGAAACAGGUGAAGGUGCUGUGCCUGUGGUGCUGGCUGUACGCGCUCAUGUGGGCUCUGUUCCCGAUCCUGGGCUGGGGUCAGUACGGACCGGAGCCCUUCGGACUGUCCUGCUCGCUGGCCUGGGGACAGAUGAAACAUGAGGACUUCUCCUUCGUCAUCGCCAUGUUCAGCAUAAACCUCCUUGCGCCUACCAUCGUCAUCAUCUGCUGCUACCUCGGCAUCGCUAUCAAGCUCCACUUCAUUUACAAGAAGUCGUUGAUCAACAGCAAUCCAAUCCCAAAUGUUGUGAAGCUACAACGGAGGAUGCUGGUGAUUGCCAUUCUGGUCAGUGUCGGCUUCAUAGGUUGCUGGUCACCCUACGGCAUGGUGAGCCUGUGGUCCAUCUUCCACGACAGUAACACCAUCCCUCCCCAGGUCAGCCUUCUGCCGUGCAUGUUUGCCAAAAGCUCCACCGUGUACAACCCCCUGAUAUACUACAUCUUCAGCAUGAAAUUCAAAAGAGAGGUGAAGCAGCUGCUGGCGAUGUGCCAAGGAUUAAUGUUGUGCAACGUUCCCGACGCCAUCAACAACAACAGUUUUGGGGAUAAUGUGGAUAAUAAUGCUGUGUGCAGCAGGCCUGGAGUGGCACUACCGCCUAAUUUGCCGACAAUCACAUCGUCAAACAUUAUGACUUUACGUUGAAACACUUUUGGGCUGGGAACUAUGGAGGCUGAUAAGCGUCUCAUAAUACAGUGAUUUCACAAAGUUUAUCAGGAUAGAAAGAAAAGUCGCACAUGCAGCUGGUGUGUGUUAUCCUGACGAAUGUUACGUGCUGGUUAAGUCUAGUCUAGUCUGUGUGUGUGUGUGUGUGUCCAGGAUGAAUGAGUUGUGUGGGCCUGUUUACACAAUAUUUUAAAUGCUGUAUGAGAGUCAAGUCAACUUCACUAUAAGCUUGGGACGCCCCACCCCCGGCGGUUAGUCUUUCUUAUAUCCGAGUCGGGGCGAAGUGAGCGACAUUACUGUCUGUUGUCGAGAGACUUUGCAAUGGCUGAACGGUCAAAUCAGCGUCGCCGUGAGAGCAAUCACUGUGAUUGGCUGCUCGGCUCCUGCAGUUAUGAUAAUCUUUAUUCACAGAGCACUUCUAAAACUAACAAAGUGCUUCUCAAAACACACACACAUAAAAUAAAAACAC